AUGGAGUUUGGGAUGCGAAGGAGUGCGUGUGAUCAUACUGUCUUUUAUAAACAUACUAACCAUGGGUGUGUUUUGUUGAUAGUAUAUGUGGAUGACAUUGUAAUCACAGGUAACGAUGCAAGUGGAAUUGAUAGUCUGAAGUCAUUCCUUGGGGCUGAGUUUCAUACUAAAGAUCUGGGAGUACUGAAGUAUUCUUUGGGUAUUGAAGUUGCUCGCUCUAAGAAAGGCAUAUUUCUCUCACAAAGGAAAUAUGUGUUGGACCUUCUUGAUGAUACGGGGUUACUUGGGUCUAUACCAUGUGAUACGCCAAUGGAACAAGGUGUCAAGCUUGUAGCAGGUGAGGGGGAGGUGUUUGAAGAUCUUGAAAGGUAUAGGAGGUCAGUGGGGAAGUUAAACUACCUCACGAUUACUCGUCCGGAUAUUGCGUUUCCAGUAAGCAUGGUAAGUCAGUUUAUGAGUUCGCCUACACGGACUCAUUGGGACGCAGCUGUUCGCAUUGUGAAGUAUUUGAAAGGUGCACCUAGGAAAGGGAUCCUCUAUGCUGAUGAUGGACACACAGGUGUUGAGGUUUUUUCUGAUGCAGAUUGGGCUGGGUCGCCUGAUGACAGGAGGUCUACGACAAGAUAUUGUGUAUUUGUGGGAGGCAACUUAGUCUCGUGGAAGAGUAAGAAACAGAGCGUUGUAGCUCGGUCAAGUGCAGAGUCUGAGUAUAGAGCUAUGGCCCCAUGUGACUAG